AUGCGGCUCGCUGCCCAACUCAUUCUACUCACCAUUGCCGCUUACACGGCUAAUGCUGGUCAAGCAUCCCGACAAGCUGCAGUCAACAAAGCAAUUGAACAGACAAAGUCUCGAUUAACUCCAGCUGCAUCUCCACUGAGAGUACCACCAAGAGCCAACGUGCGUUUGAAUGGCGAUCAACUCACCACGUCAAGUCCUGGAAAAACAGAAUAUCUCGAUGUAGACAGACUGAAUAGGCUGAUUCGGGCUCUUGACAAGACAUGGAUUAUGCCAAAGUCUGGAGCGAAGGAGCCAGUUGGAAGCAAUUUCCAGUACAAAAAAACUUGUGCAUCGAUCUACAAGGCAAGACACGGAGCCUGUCAGCAACUUGGUUUCGGAGUUAUGUGCUUCAAUUAUUGUCAUGAAAGAGGAGAGAAGUUGGCAUUCAAAUGUCAAGAUACAUCUGACACUUCUUACUGUAAACAGUCUGGAACUUUCGAUACCUUCUUGGCAAAAUAUAGAAAGGACGGAUACAAGGCGAAGGCUUAUAUUCAUCAGAUGAUCUCUCGGUGCUAUGCUACAACUGUCUGUAAUACUCAAACUGGAAUUCUCAAUUCAACAAUUAUUGAUGAAGAUCCAGAGCCAGUGGAGAAAACAACCAAGGCCAAUCGUCUGAAGUUGUUGACUCGUAAACCUGGAAACGCGUUGUCGCUGAUGAAGUUGAAAACAAAGACAACUACGACUACACAGGCUCCAGAAGAGGUUCCAGAAGUGGAAGAGACUCCAGAAGAGGAGGAAGAGCAUACCACGACGACUAGAAAAACAAGACCAGUCAAGAAAGUAGUGAACAACACUCUCCGUCAAAAGCCGACGCCAGCACCUGAAGUGACCACAACAAAGGCUAAUAUCUGGGACAAAUUCACAAUUGGAAACAAGGCAAAGCCAACACCAAAGUACAUUCCAUUCUGGCAAAGAUUAAUGUCAACAACUUCAAAACCAAUUGAAGAUGAAGCCACCGAAGAGACGGAAUUGAAUACGGAUGCUCCAGAAGAGGUCGUGGAAGAAGCGUCGACUCAGGCAGAAGUUCUGGAGAAGGAAGUUGAAGAGACAACUCCAGAAGAAUCUGAAACCACCUCGAUUCCAGAGGAGGAUCUUGUGGAAACAAAAUCCAAAGUGCACAAAACAAACGCCGAAUCGUCAACUGAUGCACCUAAACAUACCUUCAAACCAAUACCAGUCACCGUUCCAUCCACUGGACCAGAGCUCUCUCAUCAGAAACCAAAUGAAGAUGUGUCUGGACCGGGGUUCUGGAAUCGAUUCCAACCAAACCGCUGGUUUGAUUCUAUCCACUAUGUGACAAAUACUGGAAAGUAA